AUGCCGGAACGUUCGACCGGGCCAAUGAUGUUCAUCGGCGAGCGAUGCGCUUUCGACGAAUGUCAUCGAGAAGACUUUCUGCCUUUCAAGUGCAGCGACUGCCGGCAACACUACUGCUCUAAUCACUUUCGACCGCAAACACAUCGAUGCUCACACUACAACGAGUCCGACGUCGACUACCGCGUGCCGCUGUGCCCCAUCUGCGACAACCCACCCGAGGGCUGGAAGCGAGACCAGGAUCCCAACAUUGCCAUGGACCGUCAUCUUUCCGGUCAGUGCCCCAAGCUCGACAGCAACGGAUACCUCAAGUCGAACGCCUCGAUACCGUCUUCGGCGCCACUCAAGCAGAUGAGCAGGGCCAAGAAGCCGAACGAGUGCUCGUUCGUUAAGUGUACCAAGAUCAUGGUGGUGCCCAUCCAGUGUCCUCAAUGCACAUCGUCCUUCUGCCCAUCACAUCGUGCACCGAAUCAGCACAGCUGCAAACAUGCUUCAUCGUCGUCCUCACCAACAGCUUCAUCCACUCGUCUCGCCGCGAAUGGAGCUUCAGGCAGCGGCAUCAAGAGCGCCUUCCAGAACCUCAAGAUCAGCAACACAUCCGCAGCAGCGCAAAAGCCAGCACCAACAGCAAAACUUAACACAUCAGCACGUCAAGCAGCCACUUCCACCUCAAGCACAGCAUCCGCACCCUUUGGCAAGAUGUUUGACAAGUCUCAAAAACGAGCAAAAGCAGAAAGACUGUCAGCCAUACGAGCAAUGCAAGCUCGCCAGCAGAAAGGCAUCCUUUCCGAAGCAGACAAGCUCAAGCUCGCAGAGGAGAUGGCGGCGCUGUCCAAGACGGAGCGUAUGAAGGCUUCCGAUUCGGACUGCGUCAUUAUCUGA